CUUUUAAGAAAAAACUUCAUAAUUAAGUUACGAACUCUGAAAGCUGGAUACAAAAAAUUAACAGCAGAAGUAGCAGCAGCAGAAGUGAUGGAAAUAGAGAAAGAAAUGGGACAGAUGGGGGAAAACACCCGUGUAACUAAAGACCAUGUUGGGCUUCGCUAAUUUGCUAAUGUAAUAAUGUAGAGUAAUGGAACAAUUAGGGUUAGAGAGAGAGCGAGCGAGAGUGGGACCCGCAGGAGCACCCAUUCCAAGCUGUAUGCUUUUGGUUUUGCGAAGUCUGGAAGACAAAAAAGGGUCCAACUUUUUUCUUCUUCUUUUCUUUCCUUCUUUUCCUUAUUUUUUUUAAAACAAAUAACACACUUGCUCUUCAGUGCAAAUCAUGACUUCUUCCCUUCUUCUCCUUCUUCUUUCCCAUCAUCAUCAUCGUCAUCAUCAACUCCUACAACAAUGAAAAAAGAUUUACUGUUAAUACAGUUACUACUAUUUGGCAUAAUCACUACUGUUAAUCCUCUAAAACACCUCCUAAAUAUUCUUUCUUGACCAACCAUACCUCUUUUCCCAUACAAACCCAAGCCCACCUCUUCGGCUUUCCCCAUCUCUCUCUAUGUUCCAUCCAAUUACAGCACCGACCUUCCCUCUCUUUUGGCCCAUCCCACCUCUAUUCUAAUUCUAGGGUUUUUUUAAGAAAAAAAAAAUAUCAGGCUUUUUCAGUCCCACCACCCUGCUUUCCUAUCUUUUUCUUUCUUUUUUUUUUAAAAAAUAACAAUUUUUCUGUCUAAAUUAGAUGGAUUCUAAGUAUAUUUCAUUCAAUUCUAGGGUUUUUCUAGGGUUUUUCUUAUAAUAAGAUGUGGCUUAUUAUUAGUGUCUAUUGCGUCGACUUUAGUAUCACUUAAAUCUAGAAUCUUCCUUCUUUUUUUCUUUUUUAAUCUUUUGUUUCACAAUUCCAAUUCCAGAUUUAGGCUAGGUUCUCUUGUCUUUUCAUUGCUUUUUAGAAAUUCGUGUUUCCGAUUUCAAUUGUAUGGCUUAUCAAGCGAUUCCGGGUCCUGGCUCGGGAUCGAGUUCGAGUUCAGGGUUUCAAUACUUGAAUUCCCCUUUUGGAGAUACCACUUAUAGAAAAGUUUUUGUCGGAGGACUUGCUUGGGAGACUCAAAGCGAAACCAUGCGCCGUUAUUUUGAGCAAUUUGGUGAAAUUCUUGAAGCUGUUGUCAUAACCGAUAAGAAUACGGGGCGAUCAAAAGGCUACGGUUUUGUGACUUUCCGGGAACCAGAGGCUGCUAAGAGAGCCUGUGCUGAUCCUACACCUAUCAUUGAUGGCAGACGUGCUAAUUGUAAUCUGGCUUCACUUGGCCGACCUCGACCACCUAUGCCUUACGGUAUUUGUUUCUGCGAAGGACAAUCAAUAGUAUGCCCAUGCUCCUCUCUGUUCCUCUCACUUCUUUCUUUCAUUGUAGGACGCUUGAGACCUGCUGCCCCAUACACUGCAAAUGUGCAAACCCCCCGAGGGACAUAUAUUGGCUACCAGCAACCACUAUCUUAUAGCUACCAACAGGGAAUGAUGUAUCACCCAUAUGGUUAUGCAGGAUAUGGACCUGAAUAUGUCUACCCUCAGGGUGUCUAUAACCCUUAUGCUGCUCAGCAAUACCUUCAGAUAUAUGGUGUGCCUGGGACAGUCAAUGCAGCAGUAUAUCCUUAUGGACAGUUGGGUCAAACUCUUCCUGGAGGUCACGGUUAUACAGCAGUGCAGGGGUUUGCCAUGCCAGGUCAUCAGAUUGUACAGUUUAGUGGACCUAGUGUCAAUGCCAUAACAACUUCGCCUAUGCCAACUAUUCAAGCACCAUAUGCUACGGGUUUAGCUGCACCUGUUCCAGCGCAACCACAGUUUAUAGUUCCUGCUCCUUCUCAGUAUAUGCAGGGUAGUGGUUCUGACCAAACAGCUGGGUGAGGUGUUGAUCACAGUGUCCUUAAGACUGCAGCAGGACUAAGAGCAGCGGAACUGCUACUUGAGUGGCGGGCUUCGAAUCUAGCCUUGCAAACUACUUAUUUUGCAUUCUAGAGGUCAUACAUAGUCGUUCUCACCAGAGAAAGUCAGAUGUCUUGUGUCACUCCAAACGGCGGAGAAGGAACAUGGAAGAUGCCAACAUGUCUUCCUUUUACCUUAGUGUAUCAAAAACCUCAUAUACUGCAUGGAGAUCAGGAUGAGCUCCAGGACAGUAAUGCAUUUGAUGGAUGCUGGAAGUGGUUUCCGGCAUCUGUUAUAUAGGGUAAUAAAACUGUGUAAACAAAAAAAGAAGAAAAACAAAAGAAAGUUGCAUGAUAGAAUCAACAUAUGAUUCUUUGAUAGUGUUAAGAGUCCCAGCAUUUGGGUGUAUAGGUUUAGUCUCUGGUGCCUUUUGUUGGUGUCAUGCAUUGUAUUUAAAAGCAUCAUUCAAGUUUUGUGCAUAUUAUUAUAUUAGGUGGUGGUGUUUUUUCAUUGGAAGCUGAAACUCUUUUGUUUUGUUGGACAUAAUUAUGGAAAAAAGCCAACCUCAUAGCCUGGGGGAAGCUUCAUUUUUAUUUCA